AUGGUGGCGCGAGUCACGGACAACGGAGCUGUCUCAGAGGCAUUCGCAGUGACCAACGGAGUGAAGCAGGGAUGCGUGCUGGUACCAACCCUCUUCAGUCUUAUGUUCUCUGCCAUGCUGAUGGACGCCUACCGUGACGAACGCCCUGGAAUCCUCAUCACCUACAGGACGGAUGGUCAUCUCCUGAAUCAACGGCGCAUGAACUUCCAAUCGCGUGUAUCCACAGCCACCGUGCACGAACUCCUCUUCGCCGACGACUGCGCCCUGAACACCACCUCGGAAGAGGACAUGCAACGGAGCAUGGACCUAUUCUCCGCCGCCUGCAAGAACUUUGGGCUGGUCAUUAACACGCAGAAGACGGUGGUGAUGCACCAACCGCCACCCCACUCAGUCACAGCCCCCAACGCGCCGCCGCAAAUCAGCAUGAACGGAACCCAACUGCAAAUGGUGGAGAACUUCCCGUACCUGGGUAGUACUCUCUUGCGCAACACCAAGAUCGAUGACGAAGUCGCCAACAGGAUCUCGAAAGCCAGUCAAGCCUUCGGUCGCCUUCAAAGCACAGUUUGGAAUUGUCAUGGUCUCCAACUGAGCACGAAGCUGAAGAUGUACAAGGCCGUCAUCCUGCCGACGCUGCUGUACGGAGCGGAGACUUGGACGGUGUACACAACGCGGGCACGCCGACUGAACCACUUCCACCUCAGUUGUCUCCGUCGCAUCCUGAGGCUGAACUGGCAGGACCAAAUUCCCGACACUGAUGUGCUGGAACGGACGGGAAUCCUCAGCAUCUAUGCCAUACUGAGGCAAAUGCAGCUGCGCUGA